UCGGUGGAAAUAUGUCGGGGAGGAGAGAGCCGUGCGGAACUGCGUAUUUGAAACGUACACCUGAGACAUAUAACUGAACGGGAAUCUGACAGUGAAGUUUUAAUCGAGGGCCCACGUCACUGCUUCACGGGAGCGAUUGGCCGGAUAAGAGACAGACAGCCGGGGAUCGAUCAAAAGAAAAAGCUAGCAGAGAGAGGGAGAGAGAGAAGGGGGGACAGGGUGCUCACAGCAAGACGGGGUUGCUGCUCGGAAGGGGAUGUUAUCCGUACUGUCUUAUGGCAGACUGGUAGCCAGGGCUGUCCUGGGCGGACUCUCUCAGACGGACAGUCGGGACUACAGCCUGAUCACCGCCAGCUGCGGCUUCGGCAAAGACUUCCGAAAGGGGAUCCUGAAGAAAGGGAUGUGCUACGGAGACGACGCCUGCUUCAUUGCGCGGAACCGGAACUCCGAUGUUUUGGGUGUUGCAGACGGCGUUGGUGGUUGGCGUGACUACGGUGUCGACCCGUCUCAGUUCUCCACCACAUUAAUGAGAACUUGUGAGCGACUGGUGAAGGAGGGACGCUUCACGCCCAGUAACCCAGUGGGUAUCCUGACCUCUGGCUACUUUGAGCUUCUACAGAACAAAGUACCCCUGUUAGGGAGCAGCACAGCCUGUAUCCUGGUUCUGGAUCGACGGAGUCACCGGCUUCACACCUGCAACCUCGGUGACUCGGGCUUCCUGGUGGUUCGGCAAGGAGAGGUGGUUCAUCGCUCAGACGAGCAGCAGCACUAUUUUAACACGCCCUUCCAGCUGUCCAUCGCGCCUCCGGGAUCUGAAGGGGUGGUGCUCAGUGACAGUCCCGAAGCAGCUGACAGCUCCUCGUUUGACGUGCAGCUCGGUGACAUCAUCCUGACGGCAACCGACGGCCUGUUCGACAACAUGCCAGACUACAUGAUUCUUCAGGAACUCAAAAAACUUAAGACUUCUAACUAUGACAGCGUCCUGCAGACUGCCCAGAGCAUUGCAAAGCAAGCUCACGACCUUGCCUACGACCCCAAUUAUAUGUCUCCUUUUGCACAGUUUGCCUGUGACAAUGGUCUGAAUGUAAGAGGAGGGAAGCCAGAUGAUAUCACGGUGCUGCUGUCCAUUGUGGCCGAAUAUACGGACUGAAAGUGUGUGUGUGUGUCUGUGUGUGUGUCUGUGUGCACGCUUCUCUGGGGCUGAUCUUCUCUUCUCGUCUGCCGGAGUCUUCCACCUGCAGCCCUCGCAAAACCGCACUGCAUCCUGUGGGCUGACAGGGGAGGCCCAACAGCACGACACUCUCCUCGCUGCAGGGCCGACAUCCACCUGUGUACAUUUUGAGUUUUCUUCCUCUGUUUUUGUUUUGGCGCUUGAACGGUUGAGAGGAAGCAGGCAGCUAGGACGGUUCUUGUUGACCGUGAUGCAGGAGGAGCUGAGGCCUGCCCUUCAGUCUCGUUAUGUGGGUGAUGUGACUGAGAGACAGCCAAGGGCAGGGUUUUAAAACCUAGCCGCCCUGAUGUAAAGUGAUAUUAUAAGAGGAGUAGGCGAAGGUUCUGGGGAGAAUAGUGAUAGAGUUGACUUUUGAACCCGGCUAGCUGUAUCUGUUGUUAAUCUGUUUCCCGUUGUUAACGUAUUUUGAACAAAGCAUAUAGAUGGACUGAGGAGGCUGAGGCUGGGAUUAGAUGGGAGCUAUGAGAGAAUGGGAUUUAAUAGUUGGGUUUCAGUGUUUGGUUUGGGAAUGUGAACCAUGGAACAGCCAACUAGUAACUAGUAAUUGCUCAGAUCAAAGAAACCUGCAAAGGGAAACAUAACACUUGUUGGAGCUUACAUGUGAAUGUUAAUAUGUUUGUUGUCACUCUGCUGGGCAUUUGUUGUAAAUAUUUUUGUGUUUUUAGGACUUGGUUCUGGCCUUUCUGUUGUCUUUGCUUUGGUUGUUAAAACAAAAACCCAUUUCGUUACCAUCGUGGAUGAUGGCAUUCAUAAAUAUAUGUUUCUUGUAUUGAUGUUGAUCUUGAAGUGAGUUGUAUCAAUCCUACACUUCCACACGCUGAAAUGAACAAGAAGAGAGAGUCUGUGCGUGUGUGUGUGUGUGUCUGUGUGUGUCUUACAUGUGAGAAGUUGUGUUUGGAAUGUGCCGUGUAUUUUAAUAAUAAUGUGUUAUCACGCAAAGCUCGAGCUAGCAUCUGAGAAUGCUUACGAUUUCAAUGAUAGGCCAGGCACCAGUGUAGAUGAAAAGAUGUAUUUUUUUAUUAUUUAGUUUUAGAAGUAAGAGUUUAAAGAGUCACAUGAUAUGUGUGAUCGAUGACAGAUCCAGCCAUCUUAAUGAGAAUCAGGUGUGUGUGUGUGUGUGUGUAUCUGUUUUUAUUUUUAGGAUCCUUGUUUUCCUUUUUAAAUGUGUUUGCUGCUUCUUUUUUUGUAAUUCAGAUGUCUGUAUAUGAAUUGACAUUAAUAUGAACAUGGUUACCAUCAUUGUAAUGAGACUGUCUGUAUGUAUUUGUGUAAUGCAUCAAAUGGUAUAAUCAAUGACACUGAUAAUACUGUUCUGCUCCUGAUACUCGGCCCCUAAUGUCUAACAGCUCACCCGAGGGGUUUGGACAAUGUCUUUACAGUUUAAAAGCAGGUGCACCAAAGACAAUUUUUGUUGUGUAUUUCAUACAAAAUGCUUUGUUGUUACAAACAUCAGAUGGCAAAACUGUAAAUUCCUUGUGCUCUGAAUCUUGUGAGGUGGCCAGGGCUGUUGGUGGAAAUGCUCAGAGCGGCUUUUAAAAGUCUUUUCUAUGCCCAAAGUUGUUUUUAUCAGAGCAAAAGCUGUAUUAUAUUGUUGGGUUUUACUUGUAUGUAACUGGUUGCAACAAAGUAUAAGACAGGUUUUUGAAACCAAAGAAGGAAAGCCAUAUAUACACAAAAUGGACAUUAUUAUUAUUGGAAUAGUAUCUGUCCUACUGUGCACUGUUCAUUUUUGCAUGGUUUCUGUUUAAGCUAUUGCCACAAUGUUUUUUUUCUUUUCCACAGUUGUCGGCCGUUCUUAUCUGGGUGGUUCUGAACUUGUAUUUACUUCAAAGAUAGCGCUAUACUUGACAGGGAUGUAACCUAUAUGCAGAAGGAGGGGAGGUAAGAUAGGAAAUGGUGCUGAGAACUAGCAUUGUGGGUGUGAGCACAGUUUCAGCCUUAACGAAUAGCUAGACCUGUAAUCAAGAGGCCUUUCCUGUCAUUGCAAGCUUCUGAUGUCAUGUCUCCGUCAUGUGUUCGAUGUAAAUGAGGCGCUGCCCCUGUCUUUCUCUCCCAUGACGUUGUACUCAAAGGUGCUUCUGCAGUCUGUUUGGUAUGAUUGUCCUCUUUUCAGCAAGCGAUGUUUGUCUGUGUGAAAGAUACACCUAUGUCUACAGUGUAACAAUGCAGGUCUAAUUUCUGUAAAUAUGUUUUGAAAUAUGUACAAUAUUUAAAUAAAGAAUCUAGUAUUUAUACUAAA